AUGACCACCACGGGAUUGACGCAUCAAAUUCAUCUUCCUCCGCGUCUUUCCAAUGACGACGCGGUGGUGAAACUGGCGGACGAAGAGGAGAAAAGCGAAGGUGGUAAAGAUGCGAGUGUUCAGCCUCUUGAAACUCCCGCCGCGGUUUCGGUGAAGCGCACUUCGCAACCGAUUUUCGCAGACGAGGAAGAGAAAAAACGAAUGGUGGCGCAAGCGUUGAAACGAAAACGAGACGCGAUGAAGAAGAAUAAUAACAACAACAACAACAACAACAACAACAACAACAACAACAACAACAACAACGGCAAUCUGGGAUCCGGAGACCCGCCGAAAUUGAAACCACCCACGAUUUCUACGCUCACGACGAACGAGAUAUUCGGGUGCGAGAAGUGCUGUUUCGACCGGGAAGGCUGUUUCGACUGUCUCAAAGGCCCGCCGGUGAGAACGAGAUACGAGCCAGAGAAAGGCGUCGAGUGGUUGAAAGAUAUUCCACCGUGUCCGCAGUAUUUUCCAACCGAAGAGGAGUGGAAUAACGGGGACCCUUUGGAGUAUAUAAAUAAGAUUCGGCCAGAGGCGGAGAAGUUUGGGUUGGCGAAUAUCGUUCCGCCGAAGAGUUGGCAGCCGGAGUUUUGUUUGCCGAAUAAAGAGUUCAUGCGGUUUCGAACGAGGAUUCAAGCCGUGAAUGAGUUGCAAAACAGACCUGCCGGGUUAGGAAAACGGGCGAGGAUGAAAGAAGCUGGUGGCGAAAAGGUGGCGAUGGCGAGUGGCGGGAGGAUGGCGUCGGCGGCGCCGACGACAACCGCCGCUCCUCCGGCGCCGUCUGCUGGACGCAUGGGUGGCGCUGCACCUGCAACAACGAACAGUAAAAACCAACCGUCGCUCUCGCUCUCAAAAAUCAAAUACCAAGAGCAAAAACAACAAAGAGACGAAUACGUGAAGAAAGAAGUAGAAAAAAUAACCAAACAGUACGGCUUCCAAAGCGGCGCGAGGCACACGAUGGAAACGAUGAAGAGGUAUUCCGAUUAUUUCAAGGCGAGAUAUUUCUCGGACGCGAAAACCGGGAACCCGGUGAAAGAUAUUUCUAUCCCGGAAAUGGAAAGAGAGUUUUGGAGGAUCAUAGAAGAUAGCGAGGGACGAAACAUAGAAGUCAUAUACGGCGCGGACAUAGCCACGAUUGAAACCGGAUCGGGAAUGCCUACGAACAAUCACAAAGAUGAGGAGCAGAAAAAGUUUGCCAACAACCCUUGGAACGUGACGAAAAUGCCAUACAACGCGAGCUCGUGUUUAUCUCACGUGGAGCGAACGACAGGCAUUACCGUCCCGUGGUUAUAUUUCGGGAUGACGUUAUCUACGUUUUGUUGGCACGUGGAAGACCACCAUUUUUAUAGCGUCAAUUACCACCAUUUCGGCGACCCGAAGGUUUGGUAUUGCAUCCCAGCGGAGUAUUCGCAAAAGUUUGAACAGUUGAUGCGAACGCGCUUACCGCAUUUGUUCGAGGCGCAACCGGAUUUGUUGCACUCGUUGGUGACCAUCUUAUCGCCGAAAGAAAUCAAAGCAGCCGGGAUCCCGGUAUAUCGAGUCCAACAAAACGCGAGGAGUUACAUCAUCACGUUUCCGUACUCCUAUCACGCCGGAUUCAACACUGGAUACAACUGCGCCGAAGCGGUCAAUUUCGCUCCGGUAGAUUGGUUACCGUUUGGUGCGUUCGCCACGGAACGAUACGUCGGUGAUAAAAGAUACCAAUCCGUCGCGCACGACCAGUUGUUGUUAACGCUCACGAACGGGUGCGAUCGCGUGCCGGGAUGGAAAGACACCGUCAAGAAAGAAAUGGACAAGAGAGUCAAAAUCGAAGAAGAGAGGAGAGAAAAAGCCAAAACGUUGUGCGGCGAAAUCGUCAAAAUGGAAGAAUUUUGCGACUUUAACGAGUUGGAUUGUUGCAUCUGCCUUGGCGAUUUGAACUGGGCCGGAGUCGUGUGCGAGUGCACGUUUCGAAAAGGCAGAGGCUUGAUUUAUUGUUUGAGAUGCGUCGAUAAAGGAUGCAAAUGCGAGAAGGAAAAGAGAAAAAUGGUGGUGAGACAGACCAUCGACGAGCUGAAAGAGCUCGUGAAAGCGAAAUGCAUUCCUUCUUAG